AUUCAACGGUUGUCCCACUGUAAUAUUAAAGAAUAAUAUUUGUAUUGAUAAAAAUUAUUUUAUCACUUUUAAUUUUAUUUACUAUUUACAAAUAACCAAAAUUAUUUUAUAAAAACUUAAUUAUUUUACUGUGUAAUAUAUUGUGCAAGAAUUAAUUACAGAAAUCAAGUUACAAUCGUAUUUUCUGGUUGGAUAUCUAAUAAUUGUACUUUUUAGUUUAAAUUUAAACAAUGAUAGACGACGGCAAAGAAGAUGAAGACUCAAAACCUACUAUUGUAAAAAAUAUUAUCAAAAAUGCCACAGAUUUACAACGGCUUAAACUUGAAAGAUUAAUGAAAAAUCCAGACAAACCAGUUUAUAUUCCUGAACCUCGUUCUGAAAAGAAAACACCUCAUGUGCCAGAUUUUGUAAGAAAUGUUAUGGGAUCGAGUGCUGGUGCUGGAAGUGGCGAGUUUCAUGUUUAUAGACAUUUGAGGCGAAAGGAAUAUGCAAGACAAAAGCAUAUUCAAUUAAAAGCAGAAAAGGAACUUUUGGAAGAAGCUUAUAAACAAAAAAUACUUGAAAAUAAACAAAUGGCUGAAGAGCGGACAGCUAAAAAAAGAGCCAAAAGAUUAAAAAGAAAGCAAGUUUUAAAACUAAAAGCAAAAAAAUCUAAAAAUAUGAAAACUGACAGUGAUUCUUCUAAUGACAGUGAAAAUCAAGAUAACAGUGAGACUUAAUGUACUUUUUUGAAUUGUAAUUUGUAUAUAAUUAGGUAAUGUAAAAAGUACUUUAUUGUGGAUCAUAAAUUUUUUUAAAUAAAAUAUAUGAUGCUAUUUAUUGAAAAGUGGAAUCUGUUAAUAUAA